AGUAUAUGGUUUCAGCUGGCAUUGUGUCCCUUUUAGAAAUCUUCAGGAAAUGCCUUGUUGCACAACACCACAACUCUUCACAAUGCCAUCUAAUUUAAGUGAAGCAGAAGUGCAUCAGUUUCAGACUGCAGGGAUGGCAGACUCACAGAGCAAUGUGGACCCCCUCCUGCAGAUUCUCUGGGACUGGCUGAGGAACCACCACAGCCUGUUAACGUCUCCAUUUUUCCCUGUUUUGUUUUCACUCAGUGUUUAUUUGAGCUGCUGUCUUCCUUAUUUGUGUCUGGAUAUGCUCUGCUCCAGAAUAGCUCUGGUACGUCGCUUCAAGAUCCAGCCUCAGAGCCAGGUGACAUGGCCAGAGGCUCGGAGCUGCCUGCGCAACAUUUUCCACAACCACGCUUGUUUCAUUUUCCCUCUGUCUCUCCUGCACUGGUUCUGGAAGCCUCUAGUUUGUCCAAAAAUGGCUCCUGACACGCUCUCUGUAGUCGUGGACGUCCUGGCGUGUCUCCUCCUGUUUGACAUGCAGUACUUUUUCUGGCAUCUGCUGCAUCACAACGUGCCCUGGCUCUACUGUUUCUUCCAUAAGGAGCACCACUACUACACAGCGCCCUUCACGUUGACCACACAGAACACAGGGGUUUGGGAGCUGCUGAGCCUCAGCUUCUUCACCACACUGAACCCUGCACUCCUGGACUGUCAUCCUCUCACUGAGAUGCUCUUCUUUGUUGCAAACAUCUUUCUGUCGGUGGAGGCUCAUUCAGGCUAUGAUUUCCCCUGGUCUCCACAUAGACUGGUGCCUUUUGGACUUUAUGGAGGAGCUCGGCAUCAUGACCUCCACCACCGUCAAUUCAGAGUAAACUAUGCGCCAUAUUUUACGCACUGGGACAGACUUUAUGGGUCACUGCAGGAAGAAAAUAUGAAGAUAAAGAAAUGA